AUGUAUAACCACCACGACUGGUACGAAAAUGAUCAUUACUACGUAGGAUCAGCAAAUGGCACAGGAAUGGGUGACGCGGAGGUUCACGAAGUUAGUGAACUUGUAGAGGACCGGUUCGAUGACCAAAGUUUUGACGAUGCUCCACUUUCGGAUCCAGAGUCAAAUUUUGACGAACAGGAACUCUUGAGUAUCGACGACUAUGAACCCCUCGUACCAACCACUGAUCAUUUGCGUUUGAAUGAAAUUCGCGGUCGCCCUGCACUCUCUACAAUUCCUGAGGAGUCUAAAACAGAUGAUAUUAUGAGCAAUGAAGUCACUAUGCGUUCGGAUGCUGACGGUCGUUCUUCCGAUCUGUGUAACUCUGGCCAAUCCACUAUAAGUCAGGCCUACUCAAUAAAAAGCAGCGAUUUUGUCAAAGAUCAGAAAGCUUCUGAGGUUAUACAAAGAGAACAGGAGUCGUUCUUACGUGGUCAUGGCCUUUUCAUUCAAGAUGAUCCCAGAUUUGACCGAAGCCAUUUCGAGAAGGAGAACAGCUGGGAGCCUAGUAUUCCUGAUCAAUCAUUCGGCUUUACUGAUACUGGGAGUGGCAUCGUUCCAAAACCUUCUGCAUCUAAAAUUGAAAAUGUUGCAACAGCUUAUGACACGAGGAAUCACAAAGAUGACUCAGACAACAAGAUAAUUACUGGAGACUCUACAUUUUGUCACGAUGUGCUACCGAUUAAAGAAACUGAAAAACCAGUUGCUCCUCUAAGUGAAUCUACUAACAAUCUGGAAUGUAACCAAGUAUCUACUAUCAAUGAUAUUCGUUCUACACCUCAACGGGCGCUAGCUAAGAGGCUCAUCUCGAGAACUGAGAACUCACCAAUCCCCAACGAUUCUUCUCUUGUUGGAGCGCAGACGAGUACUCCAGUGUCAAUGGUGGCAAAACUACCAUCACGACAAAGACUUCGUGAUUUUGACGACAUGGUCUUGGGAAUUUCAAUGAUCAAAGCUGAUGGAGGGUCAGCAAAAGAAGCGCCACAUGCCAUGGAAAACCAAUCUUUGACCGAAUCAACGGACACUACCAUGUUGUCUGUUGGACAGAUUCAAAGCAUUCUCAAGGCUAUACCUAGCGGAUCGCCGUCCACGUUGAUGCGAGAGCUGGAGGCACAGAGAAAAAGCCGAGUAAAACUUAGAAAGCCACGCAGUUUGCUUCCUACACCUUCUUUGAAGAGCGGGGACGCUGUCCAGUCAUCUAGUGAAGCGAUUUCGUUGAAUCUGAUGAAAUCUGCUCGCACCACGAGUGUGUCAACGGUUGAUUGUGAGGCAACCGGUAGGGAUGUUCGAUCCCCACUCACCACUUCUCGCCAGUGUACUAAUUUGACGAAGUCAACGAUUUGUGCACCUACUAACUCGUCGAGUAACGCUCCCAAAACUUCGGCCUCUAAUCACUUUUCCGAAACGUCAAUCUCGCAGCAAUCAGUGUUUUCGCGGCGGAAUGCCUCACAACAACGAGAAGAAACCAGUCGAAAUCCGAAAGUCGCAGAUGUUAAGGGAACGGUUUUGCGUGCAGAAGUGCCGACUAGUCGCCCGGAAUCUGUGAGAUCAGGUAGUUCGUUGUCAGCAGCAGCAAGUGCUCGGAGUGUUUCACAGAUGAGCACAGAAGUGUCUCAAAGAUCUGUGCUAUUUAUCCCUCAGCAUGAGGUGGCGUUCGGUUGUGUUGCUAUUGGGGACACGGCUAUAGCAAAUGUUGACGUUACCAACCGUACAGAUCAUCCUCUUCGUAUAAGAGCAAAACUCAGCAACACUGAGAACGUAUUCACACUCCUGGAUAGUCAGAUUAUUUUGUUGGAUACGCGUCGUACCACCACGCUUCGAAUUGAGUUCUGCGCAACUCAAAACGCACGUUUUUGUACUUCUCUUUCUAUUCAAGCUAGUGGAGGAGGUGGGCCUGCUGUUACCUACAGGAUGCCUGUUCGGGGAGUGGGAGGCACUGCAGUGGUAACGGUGAAGGACAGGGAAGACUUACGGAUUUCCCGCAGUGGAUCUUAUGUGUUGCAGUCUUCAUACGAAUCCACGUUUUCGUUCUCCUUGAUGAAUUCUGGAAAGCGACACGCCUUCGCACGCACACUAGUGUUAUUCUGUGGAGAAUCAGGUAUUUCUGAGCAAAUUCCUGUUGAUAUCCGUCCCGCGCGUGGUGUCGUCAUAGGAAGGGAUGAAUCUAAGCAAAUAUCCGUGCGUCUGCGAUCUUCUCUACCAUUUUCGGAUUGGAGGUCAUCGCAGAAUUCUAUCGUGUCCAGUGCUUCUUCAAACCUACGCGCUGUGAGCCCAUUGCAAGUUCUUGUUUAUUGGGGUGAAGAGCGUACACGUCGACGACUCAGGUGCUUUGAACAAAAGAUGGGUAUUACACACACGUGUGAAGGUUUACAGUUUACUGACAAGUACGACGGUGAAGAUAUAGAAUUUAUUCCUCCUAAAAGUUAUCCUAUCUCCAAAGAGGAUGUUCGACUUUUUGACCAAACGCUAAGGAUGUACACAAUUUAUGUCUGUUCCCCUCGCAUUCGUCCACGGCAAUCACUGGCAUCGAAUUCAUCUCUUGACAGAAGUUUGCAGCCGGAGGACACAUUCCGCGAAAGAACUGUUUACAACACUUUAGUAGUACCCGACCAAACGUUGCGGUAA